AUCUCCUUUUGUCUUUUUACAACGCACAGUGGGCCACAACUCGCUUCUCCGUCUCCCCUUGCCCUCCCUGUUGUUAUGACGACCAAGUCGUAAAUCCGCCAUGUUUUCCUGGUCGCGGCGUUGCGACAGAGACGGAGAGUCUGGGAGAAAUGAAUGUAGAAAAUAAUACGGCAGAAAGAGAAGGCGAGCCGGCGGUACACGGUAACAUCAUCACAAUCCAUACUACGCUUGGAGACGAAGAUGAAGAUGUGCAUAGAUGUGGCCGCUGCCAGUGCGAGUUCACCUGCCUGGAGGCUUUCAUACAACACAAACUGCACAACAGCUGUCAGCGCAGCCAUGAAGUCAUGCCCUCCAGCUUGGGAAGCAAGCACAGCCAGGAGGACAGCCAGCAGGUUGUGUUGUCAGAAGAAAUUACUGUUGCAGCUAUAGUAGUGGAUGGUACUAAUGUGCUGUCAGACAAAUCUGAAAGAUCAACAACCAUAGAAGAUGGGCAUGCUAAAACUGCUGUUUCCACUAGCUUGCAGCAGCACCAAGGUGAGGAGUCAAAGAGGGGUGGCGAGGACGAGGAGGGGGAGACCAGUCAGGACAGCACAGAGGAGGGCAGCAAGGCGGAGGCUAUAAAUACCAAGCUGACAGUUAACAGAGACGGGCGUUAUGUGUGCCAGCUCUGUGAGAAGACCUUCAAAACGGCAAAUAUCCUGAGAGCACACCUAAGUACCCACAGUAAUAAGAAAAACUUCAUGUGUAAGCUUUGUGGGAAUGCUUUCAGAACAAAGGGCUCUUUGAUACGCCACAAUCGAAGGCACACAGAUGAGCGGCCCUAUAGAUGUAACCUGUGUGGGUUAUGCUUCAGAGAGUCUGGAGCAUUGACCCGACAUUUAAAGUCUAUCACACCUUGUACUGAGAAGAUACGCUUCCAUCAGUGCAAAGAGAUACUUGUUCAAAAAGAUGGUCAACAGAAAGUGUUUAUUGAUACAGAAUUGAAUAUUGUUCCAACUCCUUCCAUUAAUCCUAUAGAAGUAGACCAAUCUAUGAUAACUGUUGUGACUGACUCUGAGGAGAAUGUUCUUCGAGAAGUCCAGGUGCAAAUGGAAGUGGACAGCACUGAACAAAACCAACAGGAUGAACAGAAGAUAGAUGGUGACAAUCUGAUUAGCCAGGCAAUAAUCAAUUCAGGGAUAGCCAUUGAAAACGUGAAGGAGGACACUAUAGUGAAACAUACCGAGGAACCAAUGUCUGGAACAGAGGAAACCGAGGCGAGGAUGGGCGAGAUACAAGUCACGGAAGAGUGUGUUGAAACUGACUCUUUGGACACAGAACCUUCAAGCCGGCAAAGUGACCAUAAAACCUACAAGUGUCCACACUGUAAUCGGGUCUUCAGUGGACCAAGUUACCUUCGUUUGCACAUUAAAGGUCACUUGGGGCAUAGGCCAUUUAAAUGCUUGGACUGUGAGAAAGAGUUCAUCACAUUGUACCUCCUAAAGAAGCACAUGGAGUCUCAUGUCGGAGAGCGGCGCUUUAAGUGUGGGGAGUGCGGGAAGUUGUACAAGACCAUCGGACACGUUAGGGAGCACAUGAGGGCACACUCUGACGAGCGGCCUUACUCCUGCUCUGAAUGUGGCAAGGGCUACAAGACUAAGAAUGCAUUGCAGGUGCACGUGCGGACUCACUUUAAUGAGAAGCCCUACAUGUGCCAGUUCUGCUCGCAGGGUUUCAGGGAAAAGGGCUCUCUGGUGCGGCACAUCCGCCACCACACCGGAGAAAAACCAUUCAAGUGUAACAAGUGUGGACGGGGCUUUGCAGAGCACGGCACACUGAACCGACACCUCCGAGCCAAAGGGGGAUGCUUUGUGGGAAUGAAGGAUUGUAAGCAGGUAAAGGUUUCAGAGGAAGACCAUUCUGCAGGCAAUGUUGCCGCAGCCAUCAUCUCUGAAGACCCUCCUACUGUUCUGGUAGAGUUCUCCUCAGUGGUGGCCGACACACAGGAAUACAUCAUUGAAGCUCCAGGUGAAACGGCUGAAUCGGGUGAAGAAGUUGGACUCGUACAGGAUGGCAGCCAUCAGGUUGGAAGGCACAUAAUGAAUGUGGUACAGCAAAUAGUGAAUCAGGCUAACUCCGGCCAUCAGAUUAUUGUUCAGAAUGUCACAAUGGAUGAAAAUGCUGGGAUAUCUGCAGACUGCAUGGACACCAUCACCAUAGCAACGCCAGAGAGUCUCACUGAACAGGUUGCCAUGACAUUGGCCACUGCCAUCAGUGAUGGUACCAUACUGACAACAGAGGGCAGCCUGGAUGCUGGGGAUGGGGCUGUUGCCAUGGUGGCUUCACAGGACAUUGAAAUAAUGGAGCAAACUGAGGAAUAUGUCAUUGCUUCACCAGAAGUGGAAAUUCAGACAGUCAUUAUUUAAGACCAACCUUCUCUUAUUGGUUACUUGCGAUUUCAGUGUUAUAUGAACCAUUAUUAUGUGCAUAAUGUGUAAUAGAAAAAAUAAAUCAGUAAACUGGUUAUACAGGGAUGCUUUAAGCCAUAUAAUUGCAACAUAUCCCUGUGUUUACGUGCAAGUCUUACUUUUGUUACUCCAUGAUGUUAAAUGAUUGAUCUUUAGUUUUUUCUGCACUUGUACUGCGUUACACAAUUACAGCUGUAAUAGUCAUGUCCACAAGGGGCAUACAUUCUCAAUGUGUGCUUCUGAAGUCACAUUCUACUGAUGAGCUGUGCUACAGCAACUGAGACAACACUGUCACGUGGCAGCAACUCAUCCAGAGAAUAGAUGGCAAGGCAAUGGGCAAGCCUUAAAAAAAAGAAUACGAAUAAUAUGUGGUAGACAAUAGGAAAUGUAAAAGGUAUUGUUAACAGCAGAUGGAAUAUCUUUGACCUGGUCAAAUAUUCCAUUUCUGCAGAUUAAGGGCAGACCAACUGAUAGCCUUUCUGUUGCUGUUUUGCAGUCAGAUGCCCAUUACACUGCUGCAAUCAUUCUUGGUUUACUCAUUUGAUAGGCUCUGAUGUAUAGACAGGAAACGCUUGUUCUGACACUUUGCACAAGCACCAAGGACAAACAGCUGGAAACUAAUGAAACCUGGAACAAAAAUCUGGAAAACGCAACCAAAGAAAUUAAAAAUGAAAUAAUAAUAAUAAAAAUCUAAAUCAGAUUUGCCGUCAGUGGAGUUGACAACUGCCAAAGCAGAAAAGGAUUGGCGAAUGUUACAGGAAAAGAUGAAGUGCCUUUAAAGAAAACCUAAAGACACCAAGCAACAUUUAUUAACAGCUUACAUGGUCCCAGGAGCUCUUAUUCUAGUCAAAUCACAUCACUAAAUAUGUGAUUGGUCAAAGCAAAAACUUGCUAUGCUAAAAAUAUAGUGGUUUGCGGUGCAUGAUGAGUAUAUUACAUUUGUUUCAGGGAUUUUGCUCUUGUACUAUUAUAUGCUUAUUGCAACCAUGUAGCUAAAUUUAGCUUAAAUGUCACAUUUUGUAAUACUGUAAAUAUGAAUAUGUAUUGUAACAUGUACAAGUUUGGUUUUUAUCAACCAAAAAAUUAAUUGCAGUGGUAUCUAUAGCCUAUCAACCACCUACCUGCACCUUGUCAGUGCUUUUAAUUAAAUGAUACUUUACUGUU